AAAAAUUUGUGUACCCAACAUGUUCAUGUUCAGAUAUCCCUUUCCCUAUCUUUCCCUCGAGCGGGAUCAUUCUUUUUCUUCUCCAUUUCCUUCUCCAAUUCCUUUUGGAGCUUAAAGGAAAAAGGAAAAUGUCGGUUUUGCCGGACGAAAUCUGGAGAAGAAUCUUGGAGUUGGGAAUUGAGAACUCGAAAUUAGACUACAAAGACCUCUGCUGCAUUUCCAUCUCUUGCAGACGUCUCAAUAGAUUAUCCAGCGAAGAUGCGUUUUGGUCAACUCUGCUUUCCCUUGAUUUCCCCCAAAGAACAGAUGGUGCUUCCCGAUCCAUGUCUCUCUAUUCUCCUUCAAAAAACCUGUACAUGAUGAGGUUUGAGAAGGACAAAGCAAGAAAGCUCGCGGCUCAUCAGCGUGCUCUUCUAAGAUUGGAGAGCCAAGUUGCUGUUCAUGCGAAAAGUCUCAAGGACAUUCGUCUGCGGUUGAUGGAGGAGAGUGAGAGAAUGAAAACAGUGGCACAAGAAUUAUCCAAUUCAGAGAAGAUCCGACAAGCUUCAGUGGCCUUGAAUGUGUGGCAGCCAGAAAUUAUCCGGGGUAGGCAGAAACAGAUAGUCGAACAAUGUGGUGUUCCUAUUAAUUCUCGUAUAGCUGCUCUAGAGAUGGAACUUAGGCUUUGUAAGCAACAGAUUUCUGCUCUCGAUAAGGCCUACAAAGGUCAGCAGCGUAGACUUGAUGUUUCAAAGGAAGAGUUGAGUUCUUUGAAGUAUCAUCCCUUACGAGAUUAUAAGUUGACAGGACCUGGGAGGGAUGAAUGUAACAUGAAACGGAAGAAAUUGAAUGGAUGCAGCAAAUGAGGAAGGUUUUCAGAGAGGGAAGGUUUCUGAUGCUGUGAGUGUGGGAGGAUGAAGGUGGACUAGAACUGGCUGAAAGAGCCAACUGCUAGAUUUACAACUCAACAUCUCGAAGCUCUGAAGUCAUAACGUGGUUUCUGUGGCUUUCCUUGAGUCGCUCUGCUGCUUCUAUAGAGUCCCUUAGUGUUGUACCAUUGAAUCUUUGAGCAUAUAGGCUUGCUAAAUCAGUCGAUAAUGAUCAAAUGCCUAGAAAUAUUUGUUCAUAUCUCAUCGUGUGAAGCUGCUUUGUAAUACUUUCUUUUCAGAUAUACAAGACACUGCAUUUCAUUCUAA